AGAUCCGAACCUCAGUCUUGUUCCUCAGUUCGUUGAAAAUUUCGCACUAUUUCGAUCACUUUAUCUCUCUCUCUCUCUCUCUCCUCCUUGCUUCUUCUUCUUCUCUCUCUCUCUGCUCGAAGACGCCCAUUUCUCCGCCCGAUUCAAACCCUUAGAGCUUUGCGAUCAGAGCUUGUUGGAGGAUCAGCUUCGAGCUUCAAUGGCCGCCUCUCGACGUCACUGACAAGUUUUGUCUGUUAGGAAUAUGGUAACUGAAGUGAUACAUAAAUGAGUUGAGCGAGGUAGUUCUUUUGCCAUUCAAAACUUCAGCUUCUGAAAAUUUUUGAGCUGGAUUAUCUAUGCCUGGCAACGAAGUUGGUGACAGGGUCCACAAUUUCUUUGGCCAAGAGAACCUGUCACAUGGCCAGCAUCAUUCACAGGCCAUUGACGGGAACUGGCCAGGCCUUAGUAACAAUUUGUGGGUUGGUGGGCAGAGACAGAUUGGUGGUCCAUUUAUCUCUAGUUUAAAGAAUUACAAUGUACAGCAACCAGAUCCAGAGAGAGGCCAUGGGAGUCAAUCUUCACAUAUGCCUCAUGGUUUGAACUUUACUCAAUCAAAUUUGAAGCCUGAGUUCGGUAGAGUUCAGUCUCCUAACCAUCAGCCGGCUCUCAAUGGCUAUGUUCAUGGGAAUCAUGUUUACCAGACAAGGCAAAAUGAAGCAAACUUUUUGGGAGUGGAUACAGACACUAACCGGCAUAAUUUAGUGGCAAGAGGCGUCUCUAUGUCUCAGCAAGUAAAUGGUGCUGAACAUAAUAAAAAACAUUCAAUGAGGUUGGACGCUUCUGAAUCUCCUGUUAGUUUUGAUUUUUUUGGAGGUCAACAACAAAUGAGUAGCCAGCAUCUAAAUGUGCUGCAAUCUAUGCCGAGGCAGCAAACAGGGAAUAGUGACAUGCAGCUACUACAACGACAUGUGAUGCUUGCACAACUUCAAGAAUUCCAUAGACAGCAACAGCUUCAGCAAUUAGAAUCAAGACAACAGAAUGUUACAAAUCAGGUUCCCUCGUUUGUAAAACAGACAGCUGGUAACCAUUCACCAUCGUUGAUCAAUGGCGUUCCCAUCAAUGAGGCAUCUAACAAUUUGUGGCAGCCUGAGCUUGUGGCAAGUAACGCCAACUGGCUGCAGCGUGGGGCAUCCCCCGUUAUACAAGGGUCGUCUAGUGGACAAGUGUUUUCUCCUGAGCAAGGCCAGGGACUACGCUUGAUGGAUACAGUACCUCAACAGGCUGAACAAUCACUUUAUGGGGUUCCAAUUCCUAGCACAAGUGGCACACCUGGUUCCUACUCCCAUAUUCAAAUGGAUAAAGCUGCAAUGCAGCAGAUAUCAGCCAACAAUAAUUCUUUGUCAGGUAAUAUGUAUGCCACAUUUCCAGGUCAGGUUAGCAUGCAAGAGGGAGCUAGACAGGACUUUCAAGGGAAAAAUACUUUUGGGUCUGCCUCUGGUCAAGGGUUAAGCAGUGGGUUUAAUUUGGAAAACUUGCAGCAGGCUAAUCCCCAGCAAAGAAGUCCACCCAUGCAGGAAUUUCAAGGGAGACAGGAGGUGACUGAAUCUUCAGAACAAUCGCAUGAUAAAUCAUUUGCCCAGGUUUCCUCUUCACAGAAUGUGGCUACCUUGGAUCCAGCAGAAGAGAAAAUUUUGUUUGGUUCUGAUGACAAUAUAUGGGAGGCCUUUGGCAGGAAUACUAAUAUGGGAAUGGGAUGUUAUAAUAUAUCGGAUGCUUCAGAAUAUUCUGGUGGAUUUCCUGUUGUGCAAAGUGGGAGUUGGAGUGCUCUUAUGCAAUCUGCUGUUGCUGAAACAUCUAGUGGUGAUACAGGGAUACAAGAAGAAUGGUGUGGCCCCAGCUUUCAAAAUUCUGAACCUCCAACCAGGAGUCAGCAGCCAUCAACUGUCAAUCAUGGCGGAAAACCAGAAGGAGUUUGGGGUGAUAACAACUUUCAGCUUGCUGUUGCACCAAAUUCUAGACCAUCUUCUCUCUCAGUUGAUGCCAAUAGGCCUAGUAUCAAUUCUCUUAGCCUUCCACAAUUUCAGCACCAAGGAUUCAGAACUUCACAGGUGCAGGGUGACGUCUUGCAGACUGAUUCUUCUCAAAGAGCUGUUCCAAAGUUCUCAGAACAAGAAAAUAAAUGGUCAGAUCGUGGCCCUUUACAGAAGCAAUCUGUGGAAGGCAGUCAAAUAUAUGCAAGUGUUAGUCAUCCGCCAGGUGUAGAAACAAAUGCAAAUAGCAAUUCGGGAUCUUGGACUCGUCAACAAAGCACAUCCUCACAUAAUAGUGAUACUCAACUGUACAAUAGAGCAAAUGGCUGGAACUUUAUUGAUUCUAUGCCAGCAGAUGGAGGUGACAAUUUUAGAAGUCCUGAGAAUAAAAACUCAUUACCUGCUCAAAGUGGUGAUUGUAAGAGAGGAAUGCAUGAUGAAAUGGGGCAUGCUGCUGGUAUUUGGAGGACGGAAUCUAUUCCAAAUACAAAUGCUGAGCCGGAACAUGCAAAAGCUUCGGUAGGAAGCCCACAGGUAGGCAGGGAGGUUCCCAGUUUGAAUAAUAUAGCAAUCUCCAAUUCCAGUACCAUGAGACCAAACCAGGAAAGUAGGCAACAGCUUCCUAGUAGUCAAAAACUUGAUUUUUGGAAGGUUGUAGAUUCUUCCGUAAACUCGAAAGGCGGUGAAGUCUUGGGGAAAAACCAGCAUAAUCUGGGUAAGAGUCCUAAAAUUUUAGAGUCCUCAGGGAAUACUGGUAUGGAUAGGAGAGUGGUUGAAACACAUGAAGUGGAUAACUUCAAUGAUAAAGAUAACUCCACUGACGGUUUCCGCUCUAGUGUACUCCAUCAUACUUCUACUGCUGGUUCGAAGGAAAAUGCUUGGUCAGAUGUUGGCGACUCACGUACUUUUCCUGGCGGCAAACAAAAACUAUCUGGUAAUGGUGGUCGGAGGCCGUCUGGAAUUCGCAAAUUUCAGUAUCAUCCAAUGGGGGAUGUUGAUGUUGACAAUGAACCUUCUUAUGGAGCAAAACAUGGGACACAUUCACAGACCUUGCCCCAGCAGGUCUCACGAGGAAUAAAAGGUUACGACCAAGGCAGUUUUGGGCAGUCAAAAUUUGGUCAGACAGAUAAAAGUUCCUUGGAAAUGGAGAAGGGGCAUUUACCUGGUGUUCAAGGUGACACAAAAGGCUUACAUGCUACAACUUCAAAAAAUAUGUUUCCUGGUUUUGCACCAGUUGCGUCUGCUCCAUUUGACAGAGGCAUGGGCAACUAUGCCCCAAACCAAGUCCCGCCAUCAAGUCAACAUAUGCUUGAGCUUCUUCACAAGGUGGAUCAUCCAAGGGAACAUGGCAGUGCUACACGCCUCAGCUCUUCUGAACGCAAUAUGUCUUCUGAGAUGCCUGAAGCAGAAACGUCGGAGGGAUCUGUUGGUCAUGUUCAGCGGAAUCAGCCGUCUACUUCACAGAAUUUUGGUUUGCAAUUGGCCCCUCCAUCUCAACGUCUUUCCAGUUCAGACCAUGCUGUAUCUUCACAGAGCUACUCACAUACAGGUUUUGGUUCAGCUCAUGUCAUGCAUGAGGUAGGAGAAAAGGGUCCCAUGCAGUUGGCUUCGAGAGCCUCUACUGUGCCCGUGCCCUCUUCGUAUGAACCAUCUCAGGGACACGGAAAUAAUAUUUCUACUACAUCAGGACAGGUUGGCAAUAAAGCUUCAUUCUCCAAUAUUCAGGGAAGUUAUGCUACAACUUUCGCUUCUGGUUUUCCUUAUGGAAGAAAUCUUGAAAAUCAGAAUAUGCAUGCUGCAAGCGGACGAAUAAUGGCAAACCAAUCUGUUAAUUUACCUUUUAGUAGGCUUUCCUCUGGUUCCAAACAGUUAGAUGGUUCUUCUGAGAUAGCUCAAGCUUGUCCCUCUGUCCCAUUGCCAAUGCCAGAUGUGUCUGCGAGUACUCCACAAAGUAAGCUUGCUUCCUCCAUAGAGGCAUUCCAGCUGAGUGGUACCGACCAAACCCCUAAACAGAGUCCAGCCCAGCAGAUCCUGGAAUCAGAUGUAGGACCACCCACUCAGCCUUCUGUCCAACAAGGCACCUUUUCUAAAGUGUUGCCCAAUGCAUGGACCAGUGUUCCACGUCAGCAACUUUCUUUAACUGCCCAGCCUUCCAAGAUGGCGUCCAGUUCACUCAAAUCUCAGCUUCGACCUAAUAGCAGUUCUGUAACAACAUUUCCUGCAUCACCAAAGCUCAAUGAGCAAGAUUCCAUGGAAGGAAGAAAUGGAUUGCCUGGGAUUGGUGUUAUUUCAGCAAAUUCUCAAAGCUUUGCUGAGAAGGAACAACAAGACAAAGAAAGCUCUGGGCAGCAAGUGUCGCCUGACAAGGUUGACACUGCUCAAAAGACAUUGACUGCAUCACUGGGAAAGGAAUCUGUUGUAAAUCAUUUCUCCGAGACAUCUGUUGCAAGCCAUGCUGCUACCCAGAGAGAUAUUGAAGCUUUUGGCCGUUCUUUAAGACCUGAUAACAGUUUGCAUCAAAAUUAUUCUCUGCUGCAUCAGGUGCAAGCUAUGAAGAGUACGGAGACCGACUCGACUGAUAGGAGCACGAAGAGGUUAAAAGGUCCUGAUUUUGGAAUGGAUCCUCAGCACGUAGGUCCUGGGGGAGGGCAGCAGUCUUCUUAUGGGUAUAAUAUUACUGUGAGAGAUUCGGCAGCUAAUCAUACCUCAAUUCCUUCUGGAGAUUCAAAAAUGCUAAGUUUUUCCUCCAAGCUUGGGGAUAAUCGGGAUUCCAAUUCAUCUUCUCAGGACAUGUUUCAAUUUAAUCAGAACAGUUCUAAUAAUUUCCCUAGUGGUGGCAAUGCACCUUCUAUUAGAGGUGAGCCUCCUCAGAUCAGUCCCCAGAUGGCGCCGUCUUGGUUUGAUCAGUAUGGAACCUUUAAAAAUGGGCAAAUGUUACCAGUCUAUGAUAUGCAGAGAAGUACCGCAAUGAAGUCUGCGGAACAGCCUUUUGUGGGUGGAAAGUUGGCUGAUGAUCUGCAUGCUCGAGGUUCGUUGGAGCAAAUUAAUGCUUCUUCUGAUGGUAGUAAACUUGGUAGCGUCCUGCAAGUUUCUACUCCCACAUUGGCAGCCAGUGAGCAUUUAACCUCCUCUCAUUUGAUGCCUCGUGCCAAUGAUCAAAGCUUGCUUGUUGUGAGACCAAAGAAGCGAAAAAGUGCUACAUCUGAACUUUUACCUUGGCAUAAGGAGCUGAUGAAGGUUUCCCAAAGGCUACAGACUAUCAGCAUGGCAGAGGCAGAGUGGGCUAAAGCGACAAACCGACUGGCUGAGAAGGUGGAAGAUGAAGCUGAAAUGGUUGAAGAUGCACCACCAGGGCUUAGGUUAAAAAGAAGGCUUAUCUUGACGACACAACUCAUGCAGCAGCUGCUUCACCCUCCUCCAGCAGCUGUGCUUUCUUCGGAUAUGAGCUUGCAGUAUGAGAGUGUGGCUUACUUUUCUGCGAGAUUGACAUUAGGUGAUGCAUGCAGUGCAGUUUGUUGCUCUGCAAGUGAUGAUCCAUCGCCUGCUGACAGUAAAAAUCUCUUGCCUGAGAAGCUUACAACACCCGUGAGAAUUGAUAAAUACUACUCAAAAGUUGUUGAAGACUUUAUUGGUCGUGCAAAGAAGCUGGAAAGUGAUUUGUUGAGACUGGACAAGAGAGCCUCAAUCUUAGACUUAAGAGUGGAAUGCCAGGAUCUGGAGAAGUUUUCUGUUAUAAAUCGAUUUGCCAGAUUCCAUGGUCGAGGGCAAGCUGAUGCGGCAGAAAGCUCGUCUUCUGAUGGAAGUCUAAAUGCUCAGAAAUCGUGCCCACAGAAAUAUGUUACAGGACUUCCAAUGCCUAGAAAUCUGCCAGACAGGGUACAAUGUCUUUCACUUUGAUAAUUAAUUAAUUGAUUUUUCCCUCUGUCAAUUGUCUCCACGUCCCCCAUGCUUAUCAUCCAUUUUCUUUCAACUUAUAAAAUGGCACAUGAUUUGCCACAAAGUAGCACACAGAAGGGAUUGUAGGAGAAGAAUGGAUUAAUGUCUCCUUGAAAGCAAUGGAGACUGUUAGGUCUUGGAAUCUAGGUCGUUGAUGUUAUUCUUGAAAUUUAUAAGAUGGCCUGUGUAUACUUUGAAAAAUCUAGAAAGGAAACUGCAAUGCCCCACCAUUUUUUUUAAUUAAGGGGGAGGAUCAUGAAACUGCGCUCUGGUAUUUCAAAGUUGUUCGCAAGGCUAUAAA